CUGCCGGGAACAAGGAUGGAAGGAGGCCUUCUGCCUGUGGAGCAGACACAGAAGUCCUGGCUGAAGGCCUGGGCUGGAGCCACCCGGGGGGCUUGGCAAGUGGUUGUGAUGGCAGAGGCGGAGGCAGAGGCGGAGGAGGAAGUUGGGGCGGCAGUGGAGCUCAGCGGGCUGCCCCCUGACAUCUCCCAUGAGCUGCUCACGCUCUACUUUGAGAACCGCCGACGCUGGGGGGGACCUGUGUUGAGCUGGCAGAGGCUUGCGUGGGGCGUACUCACCUUUCGAGAGCCUGCAGAUGCAGUGAGGGUCUUGGCCCAGGAGGAGCACGUGCUCCAUGGUACUCGGCUGAGUCUGCGGCGCCCGCCAUGUGCCCCUGCACGCCUCUUGCUCCAAGGACCCCCUGGCACUGCACCCCAGCGCCUAGAGAAGCACAUCCAGGCCCUGCUGCAUGCCAUGGGGCACCUGGAACAGUCCUGCCACGUCCUGGCCAGUCCCCGGCCAGACCGGGCCCUGAUUCAGCUGCCCAAGCCCCUCUCUGAGGCAGAAUUCUGUGUCCUGGAGGAGCAGGCCCGGGCCCUGAGCCUGGAGGGGGGAGUAUCCCUGGCCCGGGUGCCGCAGGCCCGAGCGGUGCGUGUGGUGGGGGACGCCUCCCCUGCAGACCUGCUGCUGCUGGAGCUGUACCUGGAGAACGAGCGCCGCAGUGGUGGGGGGCCCCUGGUGGGCCUGCGCAGCUUGCCUGGGCACUUGGGCACUGUGGUCUCCUUCCAGCACUGGCAGGUGGCUGAACGGGUGCUGCAGCGGGACCACUGGCUGCAGGGCUCAGAGCUGAGCCUCGUCCCCUAUGACUUCCUGGAACCUGAGGAGAUUGCCGAGGACAGUGGAGGGGACCACCUGGCUGAGUUGGGGUCUGGGGCUAGCGAGCAUGCUCUCUCAGAGGCUGGAGGGCCAGAGAGAGCACUGAAGGGUGCAGGGACGGUGACACUGGGCUCUGAGGAGGCACCAGGGCAAUCAGGAGCCUCUCCGAGGACAGGUCCCAUAAGGUCUCUGGGGCAGGCCAGGCCAGUCAGCUCGAGGCCCCAGGGGUCUUCAGAACAUGAAAGGCCCAUGAGCCUGGGGACUGUGGGGUCUCCAGAGCAGGCAGAACUAGUAAGCCUGGGGCCUAUGGGGUCCCCAGGCCCAACAGGCCAAGUGGGCCUAGUGGAGAUUGCCAUGGGUCCAGAGCAGGUGGCGUCAGUGAGACUGGGGCCUGUAGGAUCACCGAGGCAGGAGGACCUGGUGGAGAUGGUACUGUCAAUGGAGCCAGGAGCAAUGCGUUUCAUACAAGUCUAUCAUGAGGACCUUCUUUCUGGACUGGGAGAUGUUGCCGUCUUCCCACUUGAAGGAUCAGAUGUAACUGGCUUUCGGCUCUGUGGAGCCCUGGCCCCGUGCCAGGCGGCCAAGGAGUUCCUGCAAAGUCUGCUGGGCAGCAUUAGCUGUCACGUGCUGAGCCUGAAGCAUCCGGGCAGCGCCAGGUUCCUGCUGGGCCCAGAGGGGCAGCACCUUCUUCAGGAGCUGGAGGCUCAGUUCCAGUGUGUCUUUGGGACAGAGCGUCUGGUCGGGGCCACCCUGGACACAGACCCUGGAGAGGUGGACGCCGCUGAGGCCCUCCAGGCCCUCCCUGGCCACUCCCACACCCUGUCCCCAGACAGUACAGGCAGUAACCAGGAGAACGUGAACCUGGAGGAGGUCCGAGAGCUGCUGGCCACCAUCGGGGAGGACUGGCUGCCCCUGGAGCCGAGGGAAGAGCAGCCAGAGGAGGAGGAGACUCCAGGGUGCUUGGAGGAGGAGCCUGCACCCGGGGCUAGAGAGGAUCCCGUGGCCACCAGCACUGGGGCCCCAGGGAGGUUGGAGGAGGAGGCCGCACUGCAGCUGGCUCUCCACCGGUCACUGGAGCUGCAAGGCCAGGUGGCUGAGCAGGAGGAGGCUGCUGCGCUGCAGCGAGCCCUGGCCCUCUCCCUGCUGGAGCCACCUCCAUUGGAGGCAGCAGAGCUCCUGGGUGGGGGGACUGGUGGCCAGGCCCAGCUGGUGGUGCAUGUGGCCUUUGAGCAGGACAUGGACGAGCUGGACCAAGCACUAGGGGCCGCCUUGGAGGUGCACCUCUGGGAGGAGACUGUGGGGUCCCAGGGCUACAUGCUGCCCACAGAGCUGUGUGCCCGCCUGGAACAGUGCCACGGUGUGAGUGUUUCCUUUCAAGGUGACUGCACUGUCCUCCGUGGCUUUGGGGUCCAGCCCACCCGUGCAGCCCGCCACUUAGCAGCACUGCUGGCUGGCCCGGAUCAGAGUUUGGCCCUUUUCUCGGCGGCUUCAGACCCCACCCUGCCACAGCAGAGGCUGAAGGUGCCCUUGGGCAGGCUGGAGUGUCUGGCUGACAGCAGCAAGGAGUUCCAGGAGGUGGUUCAGGCCUUCUAUGACACGCUGGAUGCUGACCACAGCAGGAUCCGCAUUGUCCGGGUGGAGCGAGUGUCGAACCCGCUGCUGCAGCAGCAGUACGAGCUGCACCGGGAGCGCCUGGAGCAGCGCUGCGAGCGGCGCUCUGCCGAGCAGGUCUUGUACCACGGCACGUCGGCGCAGGCCGUCCCCGACAUCUGUGCGCGCGGCUUCAACCGCAGCUUCUGCGGCCGCAACGGCACGCUGUACGGGCAGGGCGUAUACUUCGCCAUGCGCGCCUCCCUGUCGGUACAGGACCGCUACUCGCCCCCCAACGCCGACGGCCACAAGGCGGUGUUCGUGGCGCGGGUGCUGACCGGCGACUAUGGCCAGGGCCGCCAGGACCUGCGGGCGCCCCCUUUGCGGGCCCCUGGCCACGUGCUCCUGCGCUACGACAGCGCGGUGGACUGCCUUCGCCAGCCCAGCAUCUUCGUCAUCUUCCACGACACCCAGGCGCUGCCCACCCACCUCAUCACUUGCGAGCACAUGUCCCGGGCUUCCCCCGGGGACCCCUCUGAGCUCUUGGGCCACUCCCUGCCCACCUAACACUAAAGGCCCCCCUAAGCCCAGCCUCUGGCCUCCGGCUCCCCAGGCUCCUGGCUCCGCACAGCCUUCCCGCCCGCUUGGCUGCCCGAGGGGCCCCGGGGGGCGCCCCUGCCUCCUGCUGCCGCGCGGGGGCCGGCGGUGUGGACGAGGAGGGCUAGGGCCAUGUCCCCGCCUGGGCCGGCCCAACCACCAGGGGUCAGCAGAGCCCAGGAGGAGGGUAGGCCGGCGCGACUACCCGCCCGCCUCGGCCAGACCUCGGCCGAGCGCGACUCCGUUUGAAUAAACGUGUACGUGAAACCAG